UCACAUUGUCGGUUAUUAAGCAGUAUUAGAGAGGUAGUAUUUCACAGGGCACACAAAAAAUAAUUAAGAGGGAGAAGGAGGAAAUUAAACGACAAGAUGGGGAUAGUGGAGGAAGCUCACAACGUGAGAGUAUUGGGAUCGGGUGAUAAGUAUAUAGUUUUGGCUCACGGAUUUGGCACGGAUCAGUCUGUGUGGAAACACUUUGUACCUCAUCUCAUCGACGAUUUUCGUGUCAUUAUCUUCGAUAACAUGGGUGCGGGUACCACUAACCCUGAUUAUUUCGAUUUUGAGCGCUACUCGAGCUUAGAAGGCUAUGCGUAUGAUUUGCUUGCCAUUUUGGAAGAGCUACGCAUUGAUUCCUGCAUCUUUGUUGGUCACUCUGUUUCAGCAAUGAUCGGUGCUGUUGCUUCUAUUACUCGCCCCGAUCUCUUCGCCAAGCUCAUCAUGGUUUCUGCUUCCCCCAGGUAUUUGAACGACGUGAAUUACUAUGGAGGAUUUGAGCAGGAAGAUCUGAACCAAUUAUUCAAUGCUAUGGCAGCCAAUUACAAAGCAUGGUGCUUAGGGUUUGCUCCGUUGGCUGUGGGCGGGGACAUGGAGUCGGUGGCUGUGCAGGAAUUUAGUCGAACCUUGUUCAAUAUGAGGCCAGACAUAGCGCUACUCGUGUCACGGACCAUUUUUCAAAGCGAUAUGAGGCAGAUUUUGAGCCUCGUCACUGUCCCGUGUCAUAUCUUACAAGCUAAGAAAGAUAUGGCGGUUCCGGUGGUGGUCUCAGAGUACCUCCACCAGCAUCUCGGGGGUAAGUCCAUCGUGGAUGUCAUUGCAACAGAUGGUCAUUUACCGCAAUUAAGCUCGCCGGAUAUUGUUAUUCCGGUGCUGCUCAAACACAUUCGUCUUGAUAUUGAGGCGAGAACGUAAUCAGUGACGUGAUUCCAUUAUUGUUGGCUUAAAAAAACACAGAAUCGCCCUCUCUUUUUAUUUGUUAUGUAAAAGAACAAGGGCAAUGGGUGGAAUUGGUUGCCUUCAACUGUUUAUUUCUUCUCUUAUUCUUCGCUCCCACGAUAAUUUAUUCCUUUCUUAUUGUUAGCUUUGCCGGGGAUUCUAACUAGGCCAAGAAAGGAAUCGAAAUUGGUACCUUUGUUGUUUGAUUAAUUUAGGUUUAUUAUUAUUUUG